AUGGCAGUCGAUAUGAUGUUCCACAUUUCGCGAGCAGCGGCACCACAGCAGCACCUGUCUCAAGAAAGUCGCUGUAACUGCUUGGGUUGUAACAUGGACGAGUGGAAGCUUCAACCAAAUGCCCCUAUUUCUACCCACGCCUCCGACUCCGCAAAGAGAUGUCGGAAGGACAGUGUUUCAUCUCAAUCCAUCCAAUAUGAAACGAAUCGCAACGACGAAAAAAGAAUCACCCAAUCGGGACAGCUCAAAGAGAACCAGAACCACCUCGGGUCCAUCAAGGACACCCACGGGCUAAGGUCAACCAUCUCUGGUCGAAUCUCCUCUCCAACCCUUGCUACUCGCAUCAGCCACUGCAACGACGAACAACGAUCAGGUUCUUCGUCAACUUAGACAAAUACCGCAGCACACCUUACCAUCUCUGGAUCUUACUCAAUAUUAAUACAAAAGUUAAAAACACAAAAACAUUCUCAAUUCUCUUUUUCUUCUCUCUUUCG